AUGGGAUAUAGAACAAGAAAACUCAUAGAUGAAUUUGAAGUUUCAGAAAAUCUAGGAAGAGGUGGAUUUUCUAUUGUUAUAAAAGGUACAAUAAAAUCAAACACUGAUGAUAAAAAAUCACAAUCACAAGUAGCAAUCAAAACACUCAGAAGAUUAAGUACUUCAAAUAAUUUAGUAAGAAAAAAAGAUGGUGGUGAAAAAAGCACACAGACUAUGAUGAACUUCUCUACAAUGAGACAAGUUUCUGUCUCGGAUGCAUUACUAACAAAUGAGAUACUUGUAAUGAGAAGAAUAGUCGAAAACGUUUCGCCGAAUCUGAACGUUAUUGAUCUUUAUGAUGUUUAUGAUGUUUAUGAAGACACAAAUGGUGUUCAUCUUGUGCUUGAGCUUUGUUCGGGCGGCGAACUUUUUGAUAGGAUUGUUGCACAAGAUAAGUAUAGUGAGACUGAGGCUGCAACUGUGGUUCAUCAGAUUAUAGCAGGGUUAGAAGCUAUUCAUAAGGCUAACAUUAUUUAUAGGGAUUUGAAGCCUGAGAAUUGUCUUUUUUUAGAUGUUGGGAAAGAUUCUAGUCUUAAGAUUAUGGAUUUUGGGUUGAGUUAUGUUGAAGAGUUUACUGAUCUUGUUGUUGGUUUGUUUGGAUCUAUUGAUUAUGUUUCACCUGAGGCUCUUUCUCAAGGAAAGAUUACUACUAAAAGUGACAUGUGGUCUCUUGGAGUUAUUUUAUAUAUCUUGCUUUCUGGGUAUCCACCCUUCAUUGGUCAAAAUAAUCGCCAAAAACAACAAAUGAUAUUGAAUGGUAAUUUUAACCUAGUGCUCAAGAGUUCUAAGUGA